CGUGCGGAACACAUUGAUGUUCCUGGCUCUGUUUUCAUUCAGUUCUCACUUGCAGUAGCACCUGAUCUUGUAAUAAAAGCAUGCGAUUUGAUAAACACACUUGCAUUAGGAAGAUCUAAAACUGAGAUCAUGACACCAGCGACGUUUAUAAAAGAAUCUGAAGUUUUGUGGAUGAAUGCUUCUCUAAUUCCCUUUUGGAAUGGGUCGACAGCGGAUCUUGAGAAGAGAAGAGUUCUGCACUAUGGACAAUUCUCACCACCCGUCUCGGUUCUUCUGGCAGUGCUUAUGUCGCUCAUGGUUUUUGCCACAGUACUUGGGAAUGCUCUGGUGAUCCUGGCUUUCGCAGUGGAUAAAAGUUUAAGGACUCAAGGCAAUUUUUUCUUUUUGAACUUAGCUAUAGCUGAUUUUUUAGUUGGUGGUUUUUGCAUCCCAGUUUACAUUCCUUACGUAUUGACUGGGAAAUGGAAACUUGGACGAGGACUUUGUAAGCUGUGGCUCGUUGUUGAUUACCUGCUCUGCACAGCAUCGGUCUUCAACAUCGUUUUAAUCAGUUUCGACAGGUUUAUUUCAGUCACAAGAGCGGUAAGCUUUAGGAGCCAGAAGGGUGUGACCCGAAGUGCGGUACUGAAAAUGGCAAGUGUGUGGCUGGCUGCCUUUCUGCUCUAUGGCCCAGCGAUCAUCAGCUGGGAACACAUUGCAGGGAAAAGCAUUCUGCCAGAGGAAGAAUGCUAUGCAGAGUUUUAUUUCAACUGGUAUUUCCUGAUGACGGCAUCCACAGUGGAGUUCUUCACCCCCUUUAUAAGCGUAACCUACUUCAACCUCAGUAUUUACAUCAACAUCAGAAAGCGCACCCUCAUGAAGAACGAUAACCCAGCUCUGGGGCCAGGAGAAGGAUCGAGCAAAAGACAACAAGUUUUUUUUGUCAGGCCUGCAGCUAGAAAGAACAAAAGGAAGAAAGCCAUGGCAAGUAGGUUUUCUGCUGCUGAAGUCUGUAUAGGAGAUAGCAGUGUUAAGAAACUAGAUUGCCAGUCCUUGGACCUGCCACCUUUACAACUGGAAGAGCUGCCCAGGCAGCCAGACUGCUGCUACAAGCCUGUAGAUCAGUUCUGUGGUACUCAGCGCAGGUCUGAUAUGGCCACCAGCCUGGCCACCCGGUUCCGGCUUUCCAGGGACAAAAAGGUGGCCAAGUCACUGGCAGUGAUUGUCUGCGUGUUCGGACUUUGCUGGGCUCCCUACACUUUGAUGAUGAUCAUCAGAGCAGUUUGUCAUGGACAGUGCGUUCAGUAUUACCUAUACGAGAUAUCCUUCUGGCUCCUGUGGUUAAACUCCUCCGUCAAUCCUGUUUUGUACCCACUGUGUCACAUGAGCUUUAGAAAGGCUUUCAUGAAACUGCUGUGCCCCAGGAAAAUAAAGAUCCAGCCACAGUUGUGAUCUAAAGUGUAACCUGAUGUUGUCUCUUACUGUGUUAUUCACUGUAAUGUCAUUGCAGGUACAGUACAUGGGUGAAGCAGAUCAGUUAAUGAUGGAGCUGGUACUAAAGUACAAUGAUUUCAGUGAAGGCUAAACUUUUGAGUGUUUUCCAUUUUGCUGACACUGCUGUUGUGUUGCAUAUUUAAAUGUUUCUUUAAACAACUUGUGUCCUGUUCAUAUCACACCACCAAAACGUGUGUGAUCAAUAUGCUUUGAAACCAUGUGAUUUCUAUUGACUUGCCACACGUUUUCAUCACAAAUUAAUUUAGGUAGCAUGAAUAGGAUAUACAUUUAAUUAAGAAGCUGCACUCAAUAAUGUUUGUUUUGAAGAAAUGUGGAUAGCCAUAUCUUAAUUAGGCUUCAAGGAGUAAUUUAGUAUGUUAAAAUAUCACUGUGCAAUGGUUAUUCUUUAUACUGUGAUUAAAAUUACACAUUUAGUGAUCAUAUGUUUUCAAUAAAAAAUGUUUGCCUUUGUAAGUCAUGGUUUUGUAAUCUAGCUGCUUCACAUGGUAAAUAACAAAAUAGUUAAUAAAGGCCUGUAAAUAAGCACAUGCAAUGUAUUUCGGAUGUGUUUUCAUUUGUUUGUGUACCCAAACCAUUACAGAAGAUCCUGCAAAACAGUUCUGUGCUGCCGCACACAUACAGCAGAUCUGUCUCCCUUGUUGCUUUUCACCAGUGUUACAUGGUUCCUUGAACAGUCUAGCCAUUAACUGUAAAUAUAAGGUUUGCAAUGUGACAGCAUGACAACCUUACAAAUUAAAUUAAUUCAGCACAAAUUCAAGAUUUUG